AUGCUGAUCACGACUCUGGGAUUGCUUUUCCUGGUGGCCGGCCAGGCCUGUGGCCAGACCAUAACUAUUCCUCUCUCACCGGCAGGCUUUAUUUCGGCCCUCGCCGGAGGCGGUGGAGCGCGUCCUGGCUCUUCGAGUAGCAGUAACAAUAACAAUGCUGCCCAAGAUGAGGCUGACUUAUACGAAUAUUAUAGCCAAUUGCAGCAGUACUACGAAGCUCAGGCGGCUUAUAACCAGUACCAGCAGUAUCAGCAGUACCAACAGAACCAGCAGUACCAGCAGUACGUUCAGUACAUGAAUUACCUUUACGGUCCCUAUGGACCUUAUGGCCCCAAUUCCAACUUAGCACCGACAACACCAACAACUACUCCAGCUCCAGCCACAUCAACUGCGAUUCCAACGACGCCCGAUGAUGGAACUUCAACUUCGAACGCCAUUCCUGGAACCUCUACCACCUCUACGACUACGGUUUCUACUCCCACAACUGUAGAUGCAGUUAAUCCAUCAACAACGGCUUCCACGCCCACAACUGUAGAUGCAGUUAAUCCAUCAACAACGGCUUCCACGCCCACCACUGUGGAUGCAGUUAAUCCGUCAACAACGGCUUCCACGCCCACCACUGUGGAUGCAGUUAAUCCGUCAACAACGGCUUCAACUCCCACCACUGUGGAUGCAGUUAAUCCUGUGACCACUUCCACGACGCCUUCUACGAUGACUUCGGAUGCAGUGGGCACCCCGAAUACGGACACCACUGUGGAUGCAGUUAAUCCAGGCCGGGCUCACACGACGCCACUUCCCUUCCACUAUGUGCCCAACUCCCCGAUCAGUCCCUACGAUCUGCACCGAAUCAGUUCAAACCCAAUCUACGUUCGUGGAACAGCUAUAGCAUCCUCUUCGGCGCAGGCUUCGCCCUUGUAUAUCCCAUACAGCGGCAUCUACCGCAGGCCUCAGCCAGCUCCUUAUUUCGCUUACGACGCUAGGAAAUUUAACUCAUACGACGAUUGA